UCUAGCCGUGAUUCUUUGUUCUUGCUUCAUUCAGUUUUUUCCAUCUACUGUCUACUCACUUACUUAGUACUCACGAUUCAAUACUUCGAUAGUGAAUAUUAAUUAUUAAUGCCGAUCGUCCCACGUCGUCCAUAUUGUGCUAUAAACAAAUCUAGUUAUUUACGCCAGCCGUGAAUAAGUGUAGUUGCAGCGCUUAUACUUUUGUUUUACGCUGUGCCUAGUGGUAUUACCUACGACCACCAUGUCUGACAAUCCGCCGUCUACAACACUUGAAGAGCAAGAUUUUAUGAAUUUGAAUAUUUCUAAUGUAAUAUGUUCAUCUGAUGUAAUUAGUCCUAUUGCUACAAAUACAACCAACAAUGACUCCACCAAUGAUAAUAUCCAAAAUAGUUCAUAUAGUAAAUCAAUGGCGGUAAAGACUAAUAUAAUUUGUUCAGAUAACCAAAAAUCRGAGUGUGAUAUUAAUUCAUCCAAGAUCAAAAAUUUCAGUUGUGAUGAUGAAUGUCUAGACCAUAAUGAUACUGCAGUAUUAAGUGAUGACAAUGAUAGUGAUUGGGAAGAUAUUGAUGACAAUGAUAGUGAUUGGGAAGAUAUUGAUGACAAUGAUAGCGAUUGGGAAGAUAUUGAUGACAAUGAUAGUGAUUGGGAAGAUAUUGAUGACAAUGAUAAUGACGUCAAUGAUAAUGACGUUAAUGAUGAUCUUUCAUCAAUUCUUUGUACCUCUUUGGAAAAUAUUAAUCACAAUAAUGAUUCUCCCCUUUCAAUUGAUGAAAAUCAUGAUACUCCCUUAUUAAAUGAUGGCAAACAAUUGGAAAAUGAUGACCAUAAUGAUACUUCUGUAAUAACUGAUGACAAUGACAGCGAUUGGGUAGAUAUUGAUGACAAUGAUGGUGACAAUGAUGUUGACAAUAAUGGUGACAAUAAUGGUAACAAUAAUGGUGACAAUGAUAAUGAAAAUAAUGAUGGUGACAAUAAUGGUAACAAUAAUGGUGACAAUGAUAAUGACAAUAAUGAUACUGUUUUAUUAAGUGAUGACAGUGAUUCUAAGAAUAAGGAUGCAUCUUCAAAUAAUUAUCAAGAUAAUUCACCAAUUGACCCUAUAUUUUCAACGUUGAAUGCAGAACAGGCAAAGCUAUAUUCUUUUAUGAAUUCACACCAAGGAGUAAAAAGUUUUAUACAUGAACCUUCAACUUUUGAUGAUAMUAUUGUGAUGUAUGAUAAAAAUGAAAUUGUUGAAAUUGUUGAUGGUAGAUAUAUCAAAGAUAAAUCAUUUUAUUUAGUCAAAUGGAAAAAUUGGUCACUAGGAUUUAAUACAUGGGAACGUUUUGGAGCUUUAUAUAAGGCACAAGAACACAUAUUUGAAUUUCAAAGAAAAAAAAAAAUUCAUAAUAAACCAAUAAAUAUAAUGCAUCUAAUGUUAACUAGACAAAUUAUCACACAAUUAUUUGAAUUAUUCAGAACUUCAACUGGAUUGUCACUGCCAUUCGUUUUACUUGAUGAUAUUUCUGGCUCAUUCAAUACUCUUGGAAAUGGUCCUGAAUUUGCUCAAAUACUACGAAAAAAGUGCUUAAGAUCAAAUUUGUCAUUAAUGUCCUUGGAUUUUUUUAGACAAACACAGUUUCGUGAUCUCAAACAGUGGGAGAUAGAUAUAAAUGUAGUUUCACCAAAUCAUCAAUUUGUUAAAGUAGAAAAUAAUAUGGACCUUGAAGGACCACCAGAUACAUUUGUAUACAUACCUGAUUACCAUCCUGAUGCCAAAAUUAUCAUCCCWAACAAUUCUCCAUCGGGUUGUAUUUGUAAAAGAGACUGUCUAUUUUCUUCUGAUUGUUGCAACAAAUUAUCUGGUAGAGUUAUUAAUGCUUAUGAUUUAAAUAAGAAUAUAUUAGUAUCACCUGAUUGUCCAGUAUUUGAAUGUCAUGAGCUUUGUAAAUGUAUGACAAACUGUUUUAAUAGAGUAGUUCAAAAUGGUAGCAAUGUGAAUGUUUGUAUUUAUAAAUCUAGGUUCCCGGGUUGGGCAUUAAAGACUUGUCAAAAUAUUGAAAUGGGUCAUUUUGUAGGCAUUUAUGUUGGUGAAAUUAUUACAGUUAAAGAAUAUAACAGGCGUUUACAAAAUUCUCUGACUUCUAUUGAUUUCACAUGGAAAUUAGAUUUCAAUGAUACAAAUAAUUUURAAUGCAUUGUUGAUAGUACAAAUUAUGGUAAUUUCACAAGAUUCAUAAAUCAUUCGUGUGAGGCAAACUUGAGCAUAUAUUAUGUGUGGAUUAGUGACAUGGAUAGAUAUUUUCCACAUUUGGCAUUAUUUUCUAAUAGAAAAAUUUAUGCUGGCGAGCCACUUACUAUUGAUUACUUUAUCAAUAGGAGUAUAGAUUCUUUGAAAAAGAGUGGCAUUAAAUGUAAUUGUGAAGUGAAGAAUUGUAAAGGCUAUUAUUUUUAAUGAAUAAUUUUAAGCUGGA